GUCUCCCCACCGGUUCUCGGUCCUUAAGAGGGAGGGGGCGGCUGCAGGAUAAUCUGCAGUUACAAUAUCAAGCUGCCGUCUUCCAUUUGGACCAGUUUCAAAAACAAACACCAGUAUGCAUGCAAUUUGUAAGUGAGCGUGCCUGAGGGGAAAGACAAGCCCAAGAGAGAAGACAAAACAGAAAGCAAUUGAACAACCCAAGUGGCUGCGACCCAGGGAAAGGAUGCUGGCUACCGAAUGGUUCAUUAGAACUACAUUUUAGAAAGGGAAAUAGUCUCAGCAGGACAGCUUCCGUGGCUUCCAGAUUCACCAUGGCCCUGAUUCUCUGGUUGGACGGCUGAAGUCACUGUGUGUCCAAUACUUGCUUUUUGUCUUUGGCCGGUCUCCUGGUACCAUCUGCUCACUGGAUCUGGUGGGAAUCAUAUGCUACCAAAGGUUGGAAUCCGGAGAGAGAUGGACUCCGACAAGUUAAAAUGGAAGUAACUUGACAGCUUCAAUCCCUCCAGUUGCCUCUUGUAAGGACAAGUUAAGAGUGGGAACACAAACGUGUCUGGGAGAGCAGUAUGCAGGAAGCUGGUUUUCAGGCCACAAACGCUUUCACAGAGUGCAAAUUCACCUGCACCAGUGGUAAAUGCUUGUAUCUUGGCUCGCUGGUCUGUAACCAACAGAAUGAUUGUGGGGAUAACAGUGAUGAAGAGAACUGUCUACUGGUGACCGAACAUCCUCCUCCUGGCAUCUUCAACUCUGAACUGGAGUUCGUCCAGAUCAUUAUCAUCAUUGUGGUGAUCACGGUGAUGGUCGUGGUUAUCAUUUGCUUGUUGAAUCACUACAAGCUCUCAACACGAUCCUUCAUCAAUCGGCAGAGUCAAAACAGGAGGCAAGAAGACACCUUGCAGCCGGAAGGGUGCUUGUGGCCUUCAGACAGCUCAGUGCCACGACAGGCUGCUUCAGAGAUUAUGUAUGCCCCCCGGACUAGGGACAGAUUUACUGCCCCAUCGUUUAUGCAGAGGGACCGUUUCAGCCGCUUCCAGCCCACCUACCCUUAUGUACAGCAUGAGAUUGAUCUUCCUCCCACGAUCUCCCUUUCUGAUGGGGAGGAGCCACCACCCUACCAGGGACCCUGUACCCUGCAGCUUCGGGAUCCUGAACAACAGAUGGAACUCAAUCGAGAAUCUGUCAGGGCCCCACCCAACCGAACUAUAUUUGACAGUGAUUUAAUAGAUAUUUCUAUGUACAAUGGGGGCCCAUGCCCACCAAGCAGCAAUUCGGGCAUAAGUGCAACCAACUGUAGCAGUAACGGAAGGAUGGAAGGACCACCCCCAACUUACAGUGAGGUGAUGGGUCAUUACCCUGGCUCCUCUUUUUUCCAUCACCAGCACAGCAACACCCAGAGGGGAAGCAGACUUCAGUUACAGCAGAACAAUUCAGAGAGCACAAUAGUACCUAUCAAAGGCAAAGACAGGAAACCUGGGAACCUUGUCUGAUUUCCUCCUCUGGGCACUUGAGCAGAAGAGAAGAGAAACCAAUAGGAGAGGGCAGCCCAUCCAGGCCUGCCUCCUCUGCACAAUGUUUUGAAGUUUUACAUGGUACACCUGAGUAAAACCAAAUGUGCAAACGUGUUCUUUGUUUCUGAUUCCUUUCAGGGGAAUUGCAUGCAAAGUGGAUUGAAAUAUUACAGACUUCCAUUCAGGUUGACCAUGAA